AUGGCGCCGCUGAACCAGGCUUCAUUGGAAGCCAUCCACCGACUCCGAAACUAUGUUCCUCCGCCCACUGCGUACGAGGAUGUCCCAGUGACCAGGCGAGCGGCAGUACUGCUGCUGCUGUACGCCGAUGCGAAAGGAGACCUGAGAGUCGUGAUUACGAUCCGGGCCAAGACAUUAAGUUCAUGUCGAGCAGAUGCGUCAUCGGAGACGCCGUUCCAGACCGCACGUCGCGAAGCAUGGGAAGAGAUCGGGCUACCGGGAAUCGAUCAGCCCCUUCCCCACCCCUUCACAGUCGAACAUCUCUGCGAGUUACCGGCAAAUCUUGCCAAAACAGAAGUCGUGGUUCGGCCCUGCGUGGCUCUAUUACACUCAUACGAUGCACAGACGGGCCAGAAUGCGGACCCCGAGAUCUCGCUCAUUCCUAAGCUAGAUGCGAGGGAGGUGGCUGCUGUUUUUACGGCGCCGUUUUACAGUUUUUUGCGUUUGAGGGAUGACGAUGAGCAGUUGCCUCCGAAUUCACAGGAAGAUUCAAUUGUGGGUUCAGCUCAGGCUGAUCAGGGUUCGUUGGGCGCGGACGCUAACGAGACGGAUCCGGGGGAAUGGUAUCGAGGAUCGUGGAGUUUGUGGCACAAUUCCAACUGGCGCAUGCACCAGUUCUUUGUUCGUGCCAAUACCCGGGUGGUCAAGCCAAAGCCCCACAAGAAUGUUGAACUAGCGGCGGAUGCGGAUGGACAGGUCCAGCGCUAUCGCGUGUUCGGCAUGACAGCACGCAUUAUUGUGGAUGCCGCACGCGUGGCUUAUGACCAGGAGCCAGAGUUCGAGCAUAACAGUCAUUUUGGAGACGAGGCUAUGAUCGCCAAGUUAAGGCGUCUGGGUCGUCUCAGUGCAGUUCGUAGACGAUCUGAUCAAUUGACUCGUGAGACAAUGGAGAGGGCAGCCAAACUUAGUUAG